GUCCCGCCCGGCUGUCCCUCUUUGUCCGGCAGCGACUGUAGGCCGUAAUAGUCAUGGCCAAUUUCGCGUUUGAGGAUAAAUUUUAAUUGUAAGUCUACUUGACAUUGACUGUUUGCUUUAUGAGGAUUGAUAAAUAUGAAAGAAUGUAACUGUUUAGUUUGUUUUAACGCUUAGCGUGAGCCGCAUACAGCUUGCAGUCAAAGCCUGAGCUAGCUGGUUUACUAGCUAUGCUAGCUACUCGGCUGCUAACGGCUAACGUAGCUAAGCUAGCUAGCAAUCUGGCGAGAAACCGCGAGUUGAGUUGAGUGCAUGCGCGUGGGGUUCCGUGUCGCGUGCAGCUCGUUGGCGUUGCAUUAUGAUUAUGAAGUUCUUAUUAUUAUUAAUAUUAAUAUUUCCCCCAGCGGUGUGCAGCGCUGCAGCUAGUCACCAUUAGCCUGCCAGCCAGCUAGCAGCACAUCUGUAAGUGAUCAGAGGGAGGGAGGAGAACAGAGGGGACUCUCAGAUUCAUUUAGUCACAUUUUCAAGCUUGUUGAUUUUUUUUCCCCUCUUGGUGUUCACUCAAACCCGGAGUAGGGAUUAGUUUGCUUCCCUGCAUAACAGCCCGCGGAUGAAUGCCCUUCCUGAGUGAGGGAUUCUGCCAUCUGAGCUGUCAGGCUGCAGUCCUACACUGCUCUUACUCGGACCUGAGGACACGCUCGUCAUUUCUUUCUUUCUUUCUUUUAUUUAUUUAUUUAUUUAUUUUUUUGUGUGAUCGGUGACAUGGCAGCGCGCCGCCAGUCGUUUUAAUGGCUGCCGAAUCGGGGAGACUGCAGGCGGGACAAGGUCAAGGGAAGCGUGGCAAAGGUUCCCAGAUGAAAAGCCCAGAGAAAAAGAAGAGGAAGUCUAGCACUCAGGGGGCGAGUUUCUCCCACCUCUCUGAGUUUGCACCUCCUCCGACCCCUAUGGUAGAUCAUCUUGUGGCCUCAAAUCCAUUUGACGAUGACUUUGGCCCACCAUCACGUCCUGCUGGAGCCGGGGGUCCAGGAAGCGCACCUUUUCUGCCAAGUCCAGGGGCUGGUGGGGGAGGUGGAGGCUAUGGCAGAAUGGGAGCGGGCAUGGCCUAUAUGGGUGGCCCUGGAGGACCAGGUGGUGGGCAGCCUGGACGAAGACCUCCUUUUGGACCUCCACCACCCAACACGGGGCCCCAUCACCCAAUUGGAUUUGGAGGAAUGCCUGGAUUUGGAGGUGGAGGAGGAGGAGGUGGUGGCGGUGGAGGUGGCUUUCCUCCAGGAGGACCAUCACAGUUUAACAUGCCGCCUAAUUUCAGCCCUCCAAUGCACCCAGGGCAAGGUUUUAACCCUAUACUGUCACCUAGUGGAAUGGGUGGUGGUCCUGGAGGUGGUGGUCCUACUCACCCACGCUUUGGGAUGCAGCAGCCUCAACAUGGACAAGGUGGUCAUCCUUUCAACAGUCCUCCAAUGCCUGGGGGCCCUCGUGGUCCUCCUCAUGGCCCAAUGAAUCCAAUGGGUGGCAUGCCAUCAGGAAUGAAUAUGAUGGGUGGUAUGGGGAGUGGAAUGGGUGGAGGUAAUAUGGUAGGUGGCCACACAGGAUUGCCCCCCCAGGGACCAUUCCCUCCCUCGCAAGAUGGCCCCUAUCCUGGGCCGGGCACUCCUGGUAGUGAAGAAGGUAAAAACUUUGUGGGUGGACCAGGUGGUGGUCCACCAGGUCCACCUCAGCAGCCACCAAAUCUUAAUCCCUCUGGUCCUCCGUCCAACAAUGCCACCCCAGGUCCAUCCCCAGCUUCUGGACCCCCACAGACUGGAGGAGGGUUUCCUGGUCACCCUGAUGUUCAGCAAUCAACACCCAACACACCUGGGCAACCUUCAUCAGCACCUCCUCCACCCAAUCCUAAUUCCUCCCCUACUGGUCCACUAAACGGUCCGCAACCUCAGCAAGUCCCACCAAAUCAGCACACUCCUGUUAACUCUGCAGGUGGCCCUGCUCCCAACACUCCUUCCAAUCAGCAGCAGCCAACGCCACCCAACUCCAAUCCAGGCUCUGCCCCAUACAAUCAGCAGAACAGUGCUCCUGGUGGUGGACCUAUGACAAACCAACCUCCAAAUACCAAUCAAAACAACCUAAACAACACUGGUGGCAGUAACCCUAACCCUCCAUCUAACUCAGCCUCUACACCUAACACACAGUCUCCGCUUCCCAGCGGCCAAGCUCCACCCUCGGUUGGUCCGGGUUCUGGCCCGCCGAAGCUAGGAAGUGGCAUGGUGUUCCAGUGUGGCUUCUGCUUGUUAGAGGUACAUGAUGAUCAGGAGGCCAUUCUUUGUGAGGCAUCAUGCCAACGCUGGUUCCACAGAGACUGCACAGGCCUGACUGAGCUUGCAUAUGGUCUGUUGACCAGAGAGAGUGCUGCAGUAUGGGCUUGUGAUUUCUGCCUCAAGACCAAGGAGAUUCAGGCAGUAUAUGUACGCCAGAGCCUGGGACAGCUGGUGGCUGCUAAUGAAGGCUAAGCAACCAGGACUGGGGGAGAGGACGGGAAUGAUAAAGGAAGCGUAAAUAACAAGGAAUUGAUUGUUUUAGUCCUUUCAGUCAACAACACAGAGGCAGGUAGGGUAGGUUAAGGAAAGUGGACAGAGUAGGAAAUGUCGGGAAACCGAUGAAUGGAUGGAAAAUGUGGACUCUGUACUUCCUGUGUUGAGUGCUCUUGCAAACCACACAAGCACUUUUAAGGCUUACAUUUCUUGAUGAUUGGAGAAAGUUUGGGCAUGGUUUUCCAAGAAUAUCAUAACAACCUGUAAGAAAUCAGCUAGUACAUUUUGGCUGAUGUUUUGAGGAAAAUAAAAUGUUUCUCUUAUUGCUUAAAUUGAGCACACAUCUGUAAACAUGCAGAAGAAUUUUCACACAUUUUGUCAUGUUUAACAGUAAUUAAAAUCCGGUAUAGUUUCCAGUCAGAGUAAACUUUCCCUCCAAAAGCAGUUUGUCUACCAGCAUAGCACUGACAACUCACUACCUCACAAAUUUAACAGUUCUACAUAUUUUGGUGCAGAUCGACUGCUAUCUAAAUCUCGAGCGACGUCUCCCUACACCACCUCCUCUAGUCCGUGGUUUCCAUUUCGAUGUGUCCAAAGAAAACGAGUACCUUCCUUCACCUUUGAGAGAAAUGGUGUAUAUAAUGAAUAUCAGUGAACAGAAAGAUCCCUGACAUGUUUUUAAUCAUGCUGUUGCCAAGUUUUUGUCUUAAUACUGUAUACAUUCACCAUUUUAAUUUAAAACUGAGUGCUGAACAGUGAGCGGUCAGUGUGUGGAUGGUUGGCUCCCUAGGGGGUAGUGCGACGUAACCGUAUCAGAUGUGUAUAGUCUUUUGGAUUGCAUGUGAACCAAAUGCAGUAAUUUGUCCAUUGUUUGUAAUGUAUUGUUUCCUUUUAGGCCUCGGUGAGGGGUGUGAAGUAGACCAAAUAACAAUGAAAUCAAAUCCAGUAUCAGCUCAUGUUUCUGUUGCUGAUGAUAUCUUCUUGUUUCCACAUUUCUGUCCAGGUUGCCUUUUUCUUAACAAUUUUUUUUUUUUGUACUGAUGUCUUACUCUAGUGUGCUUACUCUAGUGCCCCCUGUUGUCCAGGAUUGUGCAGUAAUGUUUGAGGAGGGCAGAAGUAAGGUGAUGUGAAAGAAGUAAAGGAAAAUGUCUUCACAUUUUUACUUGCCAUUUUUGUAGACUAUUGUUGCAUUAAAUUUGGGUUUGACUACCCAGUAAACCAA